AUGACUCGUUUCUUCUGCUGUGGAAGCUACUUCCCAGGCUAUCCUUCCUAUGGGACCAAUUUCCACAGGACCUUCAGAGCCACCCCCCUGAACUGCGUCGUGCCCCUUGGCUCUCCCCUGAAUUAUGGCUAUGGAUGCAAUGGCUACAGCUCCCUGGGCUACGGUUUUGGUGGCAGCAACUUUAGCAACCUGGGCUGUGGCUAUGGGGGCAGCUUUUAUAGGCCAUGGGGCUCUGGCUCCGGCUUUGGCUACAGCACCUACUGA